AUGGCUCAGCUGACCAGUAGCCUCUAUUCUACUUUUGGCUUCUUCAUGUGCCUCCUCUUCCUUCCGGCGUCUUGGGAGGCAGGUGCUAACACAUUUCAAGAGCUUCAAAAGACUGGUGAGCCUUCAAAAUUCGAUCACUUACUCCCUGUUACACCGGGUCUUACUCACAGAGCCCCUUCUGACCACAAAAACGCAGGGCAACAUCCUCCAGACCUCCCCGAGUCUACAGCAACCCAGAAGCCCAAAAAACAGUGCGACACCGCACGCCGUGUCAAACCAGUGCACAAACCUAUAGACAACGCCAAAGCCGCAGAUUCCAGAAACACUGUUGUCCGUCAUGAAACGCCUCCGGCUUCGGGAAAGAAUCUCAGCAGCCAAGGAAAACACCCAAUGCCCCGGAAUGAACGCUCGGCUGAUGACUCCGGAUCCAAUAAAUCAGAGAAUAGGUCAGAGGGAAGACAUUCGACCUCAGCACCCAGGAGAAGCACAACCUGUAGGUCUUCAACAAGACGAACCAGAGCAACGAGUAAAUCAGGUACACCAGUGAGUCCCAUCAAGACCAGCACCAGGUUGAGGACCACCUCACAGAAGCCCACGACUUCCCAUGAUUCAGAGCUCAUUAGAAAAAGUUCUUCCCCAGUGAAGUCCACGGAAGCCCCAAGGACCUCCUACAAGACUCCAAAGACCCCAACGGCAUCAGGAGCUGAACAUCAUACAACUACAUUUGCGUCAGAAAAGUCUGUCCAGACAGCUACAGAACACGUCAAAGAGGCCACAUCAGCUAGGGAGAAGACCACAAGAUCCCAAUCAACAUCCACUGAGUAUGAGGGAAAGACCGGGGCAGCUAAUGAGAGUACCUCGCAAACCCAGGUGCAUCCUAUAGAACAUCAUACCACAUCGGCUGGUGAAAAUGUGACACAGAUCUCAGCAAAGUCCACAAAACACCCAGAAGAGGCCACAUCAACCACGGAGAAAGCCACAGAAGCCCCAGAGAGUCCCACAGUAUUCCAGAGAAAAACCACAGUAGCCACUAAGACCGUAACAGCCGCAGAAACCCCAGAGAAAACAUCAGUAAUCUUGGAGACCACACGGCCGAUCAAGGUCACAGAAGACAAGUCUGCUGUUCCCUCUCCUCAUUCCCAUAAAACCGAGACCACACACCAAGGGAUCACCGGCUCUUUGACAUCCAGAACGGACCUGAGACCCAUCACUUCAGAAACUCACCACCCCCAACAGAGCACCCACAGCUUACCUGGAGGCCUCCACGCUGGUGGGGAGAGAGGGGAGAAUAAUUCGUUUCCUGCGUGGGCUAUAGUUAUUGUGAUCCUCAUGGCUGUGAUUAUUCUGCUGAUUUUCCUUGGCCUGAUCUUUUUGGUCUCCUGUGCAUCACGAGCACGCCAUGUACUGACCCAGAACCCAGAGGAUGCCGAGCUCGAGGACAGAGGGGGCCGCAAUUCCUACCCAGUCUACCUGAUGGAGCAGCAGAAUUUGAAACCAAACCAGAUCCCUUCUCCACCGUGA